UAAAAAAAGAAAAACUAAUACAAACUAUACUUCAAAUUGUUAAUCCAAAUAUUAAAAAAUUAAAAAUCAAAUGGAAUCCAUCUCAAUUUUGGGAUAUAUGGACAUAUGCUAUAAAUGCUUUAUCUGUAUUAGUACCAAGAAUGCCAAAGCUAUUUGUGGAUUAUAAUGGUGGUAUUAGAACUUAUUCAAUAUAUUUUGAAAUUUGACAAAAUUAGAAUGAUAGAACAAAGAAUUUUAACAUUGACACUAUUAUCAAUUGAAAAACUUAUAAAAAAACAGAUAUUCUAUCAAAAAAUUUAUGGAGAGUACAGUGUUACAUUAAGUAUGGAAUUGUUAUUUCGUUGUCUAUAUCAAAAAGAUGAAGAAUUUAAACUAGAUCAACGUCUUUUGUUAGCAAUAGGCUCAUACAUCUGGGAAUGUAUAGUAUGGUGUCCCGAAAAUCUUGAAAAAUUUAUUGAUUAUGGAGGAAUAUACAUUAUUCUUGAUAUUAUAGAAAUUGUUCCAUAUUGUUCUCAUUGUUUAUUUCUUGCUCUUUUUACUGAUAUUUGUGAUAAUUUUUUUUGUGGACCAUUUAUAUGUACAUGGAGAGGUAUUAAUAAAGAUACAGGAUUAAUGUCUUUGCUAGCAAAAAUAUGGAGAGAAGAAGAAAUAAAGAUUAAAAUUAAAAAAAAUAUAGAUGAUGAGGAAUUUAUUAACAUGAAUCAGAAAGAGAGGAUUGAUACUUAUUUCACAAAAUUAGCUAGAGAUAGUAGUCCAGCAAUAAUUGAUAUGAUUGGUUCAGUUAGAUCAAAAAUAUAUAGUAUUUACAAGAUAAUAGAAAGAGAUAAUGAACGAUAUUUAAUGGCCAAGGAGCAUUAUAAAAUAUUAAAUGACAGUCUUUCAUUAGAAGAUAAAAUUACAAUGUCUACUAUAAAUAUGUAUUUUGCAUUGAAAUUAGGUCAAGUAUGGGUAGAGAUUGCUAAAUUUUUUGAAAAAAGUGGUAUUACUCCUCUUGGUAUGGAUGGUCAAGCAAUUUUUUUGAUAACUCAACGUUAUUAUAUGUGGAGUGAAAUGACAAAAGAAAGACAAGCUAGAAUAUUACAAUCUAUGGACAAACAAAAAGAUAUAGAAGAGAAAGAUGAAUAUGCAAGAAUUCGCAAUUCUAAGCUAAUUAUAGCAUUAGAUGCAUUUGAUGAAUUAGAUUAUAUAUAUAGAACAACAAAGAGAUCAAAUAUGUUAAAGAAAAAACAUGAACAAAUAAAACAAGUUAAUUUAGCAUUAAAGUUUCCAGAUGAUUCAGAUGAUGCACAUUGUCAUAGGACAUUCCAAGAUAAAAUCAUGGUUACGGCUAUAUUUAAUCAGCAUCAAAUAAUGAGCAGUGGUUUGAAAUUAGAUACAAAUUUAAGUCAAAUAAAAUUGAAACUUAUUCCUAUUUCUCCUUAUGAUAGUUAUAUUUCUGAUGAAACAUUUUCUGAAUUUUCUUCUUUAUCAUCAAGUACCUAUUUUUCUAGUAUAAAAAAAUUUAAAGAAGAUGAAUAAUUGAAAAUGAUAAAAAAUAAAUUUUAUUUUAAUAAAAAAUGCAUUAUCUUUAAAAAAUAUAGAAUUCUUCAUUGCCGACGUG